GAUGGAGGAUAUUGAACCCGAGAACUCCGACCUGGAUUCCGACGAGCUCCUCCGCCGUGUUUGCGACGCCGACUCCGUCCAGGAAGUUGAGCAGUUCGGAUCAGUUCUGGUUCAGCAUCUGCGGCUGGCAAGGCAACGGAGGAAUGACAUCACUGCUCAGGAGAUGAAGGCCGUAAUGGAAGAGAGAGACAGCUCUGUAGCCAAGUGUAAACGGCUGGAACAGGAGCUGAUCCAGGAGAGAGAGCAGAGGGCGAGCGAGGAGGAGCUGCUGAGGCUUCAGAGAGAGAGAGGCGGAGCUCUGGAGGACAGGCGGCGUCUGGAGGCGGAGCUACAGGUGCUGCAAGCCAAUCACAGCUCUCUGGACCUCCUCACCGCUCCUCCCUCGUCGCCCGGUGACAGUGUCUCUCCGGCGGGUUCGUCGCUGGCGGCUCAUCAGGCCCCGCCCCUGCAGCUCCAGGUCCAGCAGCUGUCGAAGGAGAAGCAGAGCGUGGAGGUGGAGCUUCAGCGCUGUCGGGAGGCGGAGCGAGAGGCCAGCGAGAGAGUCCGCAGGUUGGAGCGUCUGGUCGAGGUUCUGAGGAAGAAAGUCGGGACAGGAAGCCUCCGAGCCGUCAUCUGAUCUCCUGUCGCUUUUAUUUUACACUUUCUGUUUUUAUAAACUGAUUUUAUUUUUUUCAUCCUUCAGUUAUUUUU